AUGAAUUUCAAAGAGGAUCCAAAAAAUCUGAUAAUCCCUUUGGAUUUAGCCAAGAUCAUUUAUGAUAAGUGGGAUGCUGAUUUGGCCAUCUUGGAUCAGCCUGAUUAAGUUUAUGGCAAAGCAUUACAUGGGAAGGGAGAAGUUACAUUCAAAAAUGGAAAUAAGUACGAAGGAGAGUUUCACAAUGGGAUGUUGCAUGGUUCUAGUAAUUUACUAUAACCUAGGUGAGGGCACAUUUACUUGGGCAUCUGGAGUAAUCUAUAAGGGUGAAUUCACCUAUAACAAGAUUGAAGGAUAAGGAACAUAUUAUUGGCCAGAAGGUUCUACCUAUACUGGCACUGUUGUGAAUGGACUUAGACAUGGAUAAGGCAAGUUUGUUACAGCAGACAAAUCAGCCAUAUAUGAAGGCUAAUGGGAGAAUGGAUUAAGACAUGGUUAUGGUAAAAUUACAUUCAAAAGUGGGUAUAAUUGUCACAUUUUAAAUUUAGUGCCACAUUUGAAGGGCAAUUCUAUCAAGGCAAUAAAUCUGGGAAGGGCAAAAUGAGUUACCCCUCUGGCAACUACUAUGAUGGUGAUUUCUUGAUGGACAAGAAAGAAGGAUACGGAGUGAUGUUUUGGUUGAAUUCAAAUGAGAAGUAUUAUGGAGAAUGGAAGGACAAUGUUCAAAAUGGUUGGGGAGUUCAUCUAUGGAUUGAACCUAAAGGAGAAGGUUCCAAAUAUUUAAGGAAUAGAUAUGAAGGAGAAUGGGAAAAUGGAGAAAGGAGUGGAGUUGGAGUCUUUUACUAUGCGAAUGGAGCCAAGUAUAUGGGUAGUUGGAGGAAUAAUCUGAAAUAUGGAGUUGCUCUAUUCAUAACAGAUACAGGUGGUUUCAUUCUUGGAGAAUUCAAAUAAGACAGAUUAGUUAAGGUUUAUGCAACAACUGAAAAUGAAUCUAGAACUGGUAUCUUACCAAGAGAAAUUGCUCCUCAAGGUGGUGAAGUAAUCUUAUAACACGAGAAUCCCAAAGAAGGAGGGGAUAACAAGGACAAAAAAAAGGAUAGUAAAGAUAAUAAGGAUAAUAAAGAUAAUAAAGAUAAGGAUAAUAAAGAUAAAGAUAAAGAUAAGAAUAAAUUAGGCAAUACCACAAAGAGACCUGAAAAAUUGGCAGGUAUCAAUAAUCCAAAUCAAACUUAAACUAAUCUAAAUAAAACAAUAGAAACUAAUCCUUAUUCCUAUAUGAUUGAUUUCUCAGAUUUAUAUAAAGGAUUGCAAUUAGACUCUUAAUUAAUUGAUCAAAAUGUUCAAACUAUGUUAUUGAGACACAAUUACACACUUAAAACACAUUAUAAAUUCUUCGCCAAUAAAUUUGAAAGUAUGCUUUAUGAAGAUACCUUCUCUUUGAGUUUAGAAGGCUUCUGGAAAAUUGCAAGAGAUGUACUUUAAUAUUUGUAUUAUUUAGGCUAAAUUAUUGAAUCAAAACUAUUCUCUGGCUGAGUUGAAUAGAAAUUUCUUAUAAGGAUCCAAGAAUAAUUAUAGAUUAAAAUAUGAUAGACUAGAACUCAAUGUUGAAAUUGAUGUUCUUAGUAGAUAAGGUAGUAACAUCAACUUGUAAGAACUUAAUGAUUUAUUUCAUUAAUAAAUGGCUUUUGAUUGCAUAUCAACUGAAAAAAUCAAUUAUCAAGAUUUCUAACUUAAAGAUGUAACAUUUAAGAAGAAAGUUGAAGAUAUACACGAUCCAAGAAGGUGUAUUCUAUUUAGACAUUUUAUUGAAUUAAUUGUGAGAUUAUCAUACUUGAAAUAUGGCAAUCUGGUUGAUUUACAUAGAGCUAUUGAGAGAGUAAUCAUCAGUAAAUUGACUCCAUAUUUUGAAAGAAAGAAGGGCAAGUAAAAUUAAUCCUUAGAUGAUACUAAAAAGUCUACUCAUCCUAAAAUAAUAAUUGGAGAUUUCAUUGAUGAAGUCAAACCUAUAUUUGAUGUAUGGUCAAUCGAGAAUAGAGAGACUCAAUUUGGAUUCACUGACAGAACUAUUAAUUUAGAGUAAAUCUAUAAGCUACUCAAUGCUUCAGAAUAAGACAAACUCAUUCUAAUAAGUUAUGUAGAUAAAAACUUUGAUACUGAUGAAGGUCAAAUAACCUAACAAUCAAUUUCAUAAAUUGAUUAAUCAUCUGUUAACUAAACAGUCAGAGAAGAUGGUAAUAAACGUAGAAAGAAGUAGUAAGAUCAGACAGCUGAAAAAGAUCAAAAAAAGACUCUAGAUAAGGCUACAUCCAUUAUUAAAUAUGAAUUGUUGCUGUUUGAAUUUACAGACAUUCUUACAUCAUUCUUGGUGAAAAAAGUAUUCAUUCUAUCAUAACAUCUAGCAUAAAGAUUUACAUACAAAUAAAGAGGAUGAAUUCAAACUCAGAAUGAGUAAUCACAUCAAAAAGCUUAAAAGUAGAAAGCCUCCUACUUUAAGCAAAUUCAAAUAGCCAAGAUUAGAACCCCAGACCUAGAAAGAUAUUUAGAAGGAACAAUUGAAACAAUUAAGAAUCUAAUAAGAGAUCAAGGCAAGAUAAAGGAAACUAUUGGAGGAGGAAAGGAAAUAAGAGUACAUUUAAUUAUCUAUAUUAAUAGAGAACGAGAGAGAAAUUUGAUGGCAUUGGAAGAUAAUGAUAUCAAAUCAGAACAUGAAGAUGAUGAAGUGGAAAGUGAAGAGAGUGAUUAUUGA